CACACACAGAGACGUCAUUACUUCUUGGAUCUUCUUGACGAGCGGAAGCUACUUUUGCCCGUGUGAACUACGAUUGUUGUGUGUUGAACAAAGCAGGUAGAGCAAGAGAGAGAUGGCACGUACCAAGCAGACCGCCCGUAAGUCGACCGGAGGAAAGGCUCCGCGCAAGCAGCUGGCCACCAAGGCCGCCCGUAAGAGCGCCCCGUCCACCGGUGGCGUGAAGAAGCCGCAUCGCUACCGUCCCGGUACGGUCGCGCUGCGUGAAAUCCGUCGAUACCAGAAGUCGACGGAGCUGCUGAUCCGCAAGCUGCCGUUCCAGCGGUUGGUGCGUGAGAUUGCGCAAGAUUUCAAGACCGAUCUGCGCUUCCAGUCGGCCGCCAUCGGCGCCCUACAGGAGGCCAGCGAAGCUUACUUGGUCGGUCUGUUCGAGGACACCAACUUGUGCGCGAUCCACGCCAAGCGUGUCACCAUCAUGCCGAAGGACAUUCAGCUGGCACGCCGCAUCCGCGGCGAACGUGCUUAAGAAGCAUAUUGGAUUAGUAAUAAAAUUUUCUUAAAACACUAUAUUAUAAUUUUAAACAAAAUGAUGCAACUACCAUAUGCGUACAAUGCGCGAUGGAGGAAAGGAUGGAGGUGCAGGAGGAGGAGAGCAAAGCAGAACUUUGAUAAACAUUGAACCCAAACUUUGAUGAACCAGAACUUUGAUAAAAACACAUAACAUUGAAAAAUAAAACAUGAAAAAAAAAAAUAAAUCAGCAAAACGGAAAACGAUCGUUCGAUCGAUUUGGCUGCAUAUUUUCCAACAAGAUUCGAUCUCCCAAAUCAGCUUGAAAUGGGCAGCAAAAGAAAGAGAUGCGAUAGGUGGGUGAUGCGGAUUGCACGUAUAUGUGGCGCACAGCUCUGUCUGUCGCCAAUUGAUUGAUUGGAUUGAUUGAACCGUACAUUCAUAAGUAUUUGGAAAAAUAAAUAGGACAACGUUCGAUGUUGCAAAUUACAAUAACAUACGAUUAUCAAUAAUAUUAAAGCAAACAACAAAAAAAAGAAUACAACAAUUAUCUAGAUAUAUUCUGCAUUUCUCUUCAUCUUACAACACAAACACUAUUACUACAUUCUCGGAAACCCCGGUAUUUCAUCCCUGGGAACACAAUCAUCCUUUCUCGCUGUGUCCAACAGACCACUAAACCUGACAGAGCAAGAAAGCAUUUGAGUUGUCGUUGCCUGGGAUGGCGAGAUGCGUUUCCGAAGCAAAUUAACCGUAACCAUGCGUGUCCAGUAAAUAGUACCGGCAAUCAAUGGCUUAAUUAUAACACACAAUUAUUAGCAGUUCGUCAACCGUAUAUAAUUGAGGCCCUCCUAUUUUCACAGUAAUUCGUAAUAAAAUCUUAAUGGAAAAAUACAUUUUCUAGAUGGUUAA